AGGGGCUGGCUCACUUCAACUGAACGGGAAGUGAUGUUACGUUGAUUGUGAAGGGUGUUCAUGCAACAAAUGGAUCGAAAGGACUUAGCAAACUCAAUUUAGUGAGUAAUUUUUAUUUAUUUAAAAAUCAACAAAUUGUCAUCGCUUUUGAUAGGGCGAUUCUACACGAAACACCAAGAAAGAAAGAGACGCACAGACACUGGUCUGAAAUAAGCACUCACUAUGUCUGAUGGGGACUAUGACUACCUCAUCAAAUUCCUAGCCCUUGGUGAUUCUGGAGUAGGGAAAACCAGCUUUCUCUACCAGUACACCGACAAAAAGUUUAACUCCAAAUUCAUCACUACAGUGGGCAUUGAUUUCAGAGAAAAACGAGUGGUAUACAAAUCAAAUGGUCCAGAUGGGGCAGCAGGCAGAGGACAGAGGAUUCAUGUUCAGUUGUGGGACACGGCAGGGCAGGAGAGGUUUCGGAGUUUGACAACAGCUUUCUUCCGAGAUGCGAUGGGCUUCCUCCUCCUGUUUGACCUCACCAAUGAGCAGAGUUUCCUUAAUGUCAGAAAUUGGAUGAGUCAAUUACAGAUGCACGCUUACUGCGAGAAUCCAGACAUUGUACUCUGUGGCAACAAGUGUGACCUGCAGGAGCAGAGGGCAGUCCGUGAAGAUGAGGCCCGUGAGUUGGCAGAGAAGUAUGGAAUCCCUUACUUUGAGACAAGUGCAGCUAACGGGCAGUUUGUUAGCCAGGCUGUGGAUGUCCUGCUGGACCUCAUCAUGAAGAGGAUGGAGCGCUGUGUGGACAAGUCCUGGAUCCCUGAUGGAACUGUGCGAUCCAAUGGACACAGUGGUCACACAGACAUCACAGAGCCCAAGACCCAGGAGAAGGGCAAAUGUGCUUGUUAGGGUCCACAUAUACAGAUAAUGGUUACACCAUCCCCUCUGAUGUUUUGGUAGGACUGGGCUUUAUGGUAUGUGAUGAAAGGCAUGUAAUAUUUGUAAAUCAAUGAUGUCAUAGUAAGUUUUGGCAAGAUGUGUAGGGGAGGGGGGGGGGGGGGGGGAGAGUGUGUAUGACGUGCAAAGCUGAAAGUAACUACUAACCCCUGCCAAAUGUUCCAGAGCAUCAUUAUGUUUUGUUAAUUUGAUUAUGCCAUUUGGUGUGGUGCCUCUCCUUACACUUGUCCAUACAGUGUCAAUUAAGUGCCUUUUUAUGUUUUCAUUUCGGAGAAUAUUAUAUGUAUUUUACAUUGUAAAAGAAAAGUGUAUUAUAACCAACUAUUUUCUAAGAUCCAGUAGAAAAGUGAGAAGCCACUGAAAGUUGUAUUAGUUGAGAACACUUUCCUGUGAAUUAAAAGGAAACCCAUCCUUAUUACAUUUAACUUUUUGACACAGGAUAUUUUUGUCACUAUGCACUUCCAUUUAUUCUUGUACAAUGUAAAAGUCCUGAGCACAUGCAAUCUGUAGUGAAUAGAGUGAUUUUUUUUGUAUAGGCCUGCUCUGUAGUAGCAGAGGAGCUGUGUGUUUUUAUUUGUAUCACAAUGUUGGGUUAUUGGGUCUAUCAGAAAUGUGAGGUUCCAUGUAAAAUCAAUGCACAUUUUUUUCAUUCGUAAUUUUACAAUGUGCCUUAAAUCUGCUGUAUUCUGUCAAACACUGUUUUCAUGCCAAAUAUGUAAACCAUAUCCUUUAUUCCAUAAAAUAAAUAUAUUUUAUUAUUUAUUAAA